UGAUUUGACGCAUUACCGUGUGACAGGAGGGCUGUCAGUGCGAGCUGGGGGGGAGGUAAACAAGAUGGCGACAACCUGAGAGGCAAGAGUAAUGCGAAGAGUCAGAAAUUAUAAGUACUAUUUCAGACUCUAAUGAAACCGCUGGUGCAUCAAAGACAAAAACAACCGAAGAGGAAAAUAAAGAGUGCAACGGCAGCUCGCUUCAGGGGAACGGAGGCACCGAGGGGUAGGAUCCUGGUGGCAUGGAGGACACCUGAGGACAACUGGACACAUUAGAUGGCUCAGCCGACUUCUACGAGCCACGCUGAUACCAAAGAUUGGACUGUUGCUGCUGCAUGCAUUUGGUUGUAGAUCUGUGUUUGGAUCAAGUCCAGCUGUUGACACUUAUGUAUCCUGAAGUGAACUGUGCAUUGCAGCAGAGACCUGUGAGAGAAAUGCUGUGCUGCAUGGCUCUGAAGCAGGACUGGUUGCCUCUGCCUGAGGUUGUGUGGUAUUAGAUUCUUAUGGAGGUCACUCUUGGAGUCAAGCAGAGGAAAAGUAACAUUUGAGAAUCAUAAGUUUUCAGUCCUCUCAACUGCACCUGUCACAUGCGUAAUACAAAAUGUCCAGAGCAGCCGAACCCUGAUAGAAGCACUAACUUGGCUCAGACCUAACUUGUCUUUAGCUGUCUCUACACCUUUUGUAGAACUACGUCAGCUCCUCCUGAGUAAAAGCAACCCUAAUGUUUACAUUUUGGGAUUGAUCCCCACCUCCUCCCCCAACUCUCAGGCUUGGUUAUAUCCCACCCAUACCCAGUAUUUUGUAUUUUGUAAUUCACCUGUAUUCCAGCUUGUGGAAUUAAUAUACCAGGUUACCAGUGGAUUACUCUCCCCAGCAUCAAUCAUAGUUAUUUUUGAACAAUUUUGCACAGUAGGCUUAAACUGUGGCUGUCGGACCAUCAAUCAUGAGUACUGGGGAGCUGCAUCAUCUUGACUAUCUGACUGAGAAUGAACUGAUGGGGAUGGAUACUUUCAUUCACCGCAUCGACUCCACAGAGGUGAUCUACCAGCCACGGAGGAAAAGGGCAAAGCUCAUAGGAAAAUACCUGAUGGGGGACCUGCUGGGGGAGGGAUCUUACGGAAAGGUGAAAGAGAUGCUGGACUCAGAGACACUUUGUCGUAGGGCUGUCAAGAUACUGAAGAAGAAAAAGCUGAGGAGGAUUCCCAAUGGAGAAGCCAAUGUGAAAAAGGAGAUUCAGCUGCUAAGAAGACUUCAACACAAAAAUGUGAUUCAGUUGGUGGAUGUGCUCUACAAUGAAGAAAAACAGAAAAUGUAUAUGGUGAUGGAGUAUUGCGUAUGUGGGAUGCAAGAAAUGCUGGACAGCGUCCCAGAGAAAAGGUUUCCAGUAUUUCAAGCUCACGGGUAUUUUUGCCAACUCUUAGAUGGCCUUGAAUAUUUGCACAGCCAGGGAAUAGUUCAUAAAGACAUUAAACCAGGGAACCUGCUGCUGACCACAGAUGGGGCGCUGAAGAUCUCCGACCUGGGAGUAGCAGAGGCCCUUCACCCGUUUGCAGAGGAUGACACGUGUCGCACCAGCCAGGGCUCUCCGGCCUUCCAGCCUCCUGAGAUUGCCAAUGGCCUGGACACCUUUUCAGGGUUCAAAGUGGACAUCUGGUCUGCUGGAGUAACACUAUACAACAUUACAACGAGUCUGUAUCCAUUUGAGGGAGACAACAUCUAUAAGCUAUUUGAGAACAUUGGAAAAGGAGACUACACUAUUCCAGAGGAAUGCGGCCCCUUGCUGUCAGAUCUGCUGCGAGGAAUGCUUGAGUAUGACCCUGCAAAGAGGUUUUCCAUACAGCAUAUAAGGCAACACAACUGGGUGCGUAAGAAACACCCUCCGUCUGAGCCUCCGGUGCCCAUCCCUGCCAGUGCAGAGAGCAGGGACCCUUGGCGUAGCAUGACAGUGGUGCCCUAUCUGGAGGACCUGCACGGCUACACCGAGGAGGACGACGACGAGCUCUACGAUGGAGAGGACGAGAUCAUAUACACUCAGGACUUCACAGUGCCAGGACAAGUAGCCGAGGAGGACCAGGAUCAGGGGGAUGCGGACCACAGCCCUGCUGUAGCCAAACCAGUCUGUGUGAAUGGGACAGAGGGAGGCUCUCUGAACAGCAAGCCCAAAGCUGAGCGCCGAUCCUCCUCCUCAUCCAAUCCCUCGCGCAAAGGGGUUUCCACAGCCAGCAAGAUCCGCAAGCUCUCCACCUGCAAACAGCAAUGACCCUUCCCACCCCAUCUCCUCUCAGUAGCAACCAACCUGGUUGAUCUGGUCCCGUCCUUCUGUCUGGAGUCCUUGCGGUUGUGAGAGAAACCUGCUGAUGUUAUUCGCCCCCCCAUACCUCCUGGACCAUUCGGCCUGCAAAGUCUUUUAAGGAUGCCAUACGAGUGACGGGGAGGAGGAGAAAUUGUGAAAUGUUCUUUUUGCGCUGAGACUUGAGGCACUGGCUUUGAAGAGGGUGUGCUUUCUUUCUUUUCUUUUCAUUUUUUUUCCUUUCUUUUCUUUUUCUUUAUUUUCCUUUGCUCUUUCAGUUCCUGAAAGAAAUGUCAUCCAUCAUCCUCCUCUCAGGAGUGUUGCAUUGGACGUUAGAAGCACCGUCACCCCUGAUCCCUCAACCUGCCCUCUCCUUUCGUUUCUUAGACAUCUUUGUUUUUACAGUACCCUAACUGCAGUUUUUAAGACACACAUUGUGAUGUGUAAAAAUGAAAAUAAAAAAAUAAUGAUGUUGAUAACAAAGAUAUGAAUAAUUCUAUAUUUAAAACUAUGAUGAGGAUAAUGAUGAUAGUAUUCUACUACCACCAACAUAAAACUGCAUGCUGUAUGGAGCUGGAAGAAAGGGAAAGUGUUCGGUUUAUGGACAGACGGACUGACUGAAGCCUUGAGAUCCACCGUUGACCUGAUGGGGAUUAUCGUUUUUGAUUUUCAUUUAGGUUUUGUUUUUUGUUUUGUUUUUUUCUCUUUCUUUUCCAAUAAGUAUUUUUUAAUUAUUAUUUAUAUAAAAGAUGUCCCAACCAG